CGACGCGCCGAUUUUCUUCCCCCGUAGGUUUCCUCCUACGAUCCGAAAUCUUUUUGAGCCCCUGAAAAUAUCCAAAAAAUUAGGGUUUCUGAUCGUUUCCUAUUCUCGCCUUAAUUCCUCGAUUCUCCUCCCUUUUGCGACGUCUUCUGUUUACGUAAAUUCAGAUUUAAGUUAGAGCGGGGAAGAAAGUCGCGGACUUUGCCGAAAUCCCCAAAUUUUCACCCGGAGCAAGAACGAUCGCCGUGCACAUGUUCUUGUUCCCGAUAGCGUCGCCGGGUCGGAUCAAGAUUUCCCGCAGCCGUGCAGCAGCUCGUUUCUUCGAUCGGAUUCGUUCCCGUCUCCUCCUCGCCUCGCGGCACCGCUUCGAUUGAUCGGCGCGAUAGGGCGGCGGCGGCGGCGGCGGAGAGGCUUUCGUUGCUGGGGAUAUUCGAUUCGUAGCUGAAGGUCGUUAGCUAUGGAUAUGGAGGGGAAUAAGCGCGUGUUCCAGCGGCUCAGCGGCGGGCCGUCGACGGCAUCGGACUCCAGGCAUCAUCCGCAGCAGCAGCAGCAGCAGAAGGUGUGUUUCCAUUGGAGAGCGGGCAAGUGCACCAGGCAUCCGUGCCCCUUCCUACACAGGGAGUUACCCGCUCCGGCGCAGCCAUUGAGCAACGGGGGUGCGCCGAAGCGGUUCGCGGAGGAUUCAGGGUCUCAGUUUUUGCGGAGAGGGCCUAAGUUCACGGGCGGGUCCAAUACGUGGGGCCGGGUUCACGGCGGCAAUGCCGUGGCGAAGAAGACGGAGAAAUUGUGUAAUUAUUGGGUGCAAGGGAAUUGCACUUAUGGGGAUAAGUGUAGGUACUUGCAUUCUUGGAGUUUGGGCGAUUGUUUCGAUAUGUUGACCCAACUUGAAGGGCACCAGAAGGUUGUGACUGGGAUAGCUUUUCCAUCCGGCUCUGGUAAUCUUUACACUGGGAGCAAGGAUGAGACGCUAAGAGUCUGGGAUUGUCAGUCUGGCCAGUGUGCAGGUGUGAUCAAUCUUGGUGGUGAAAUUGGUUGUAUGAUAAGUGAAGGUCCAUGGGUGUUUGUUGGUUUACCAAAUCUCGUAAAGGCAUACAACACACAAAGUAAUGCAGACCUCAGUCUCAAUGGUCCUGUCGGACAAGUUUAUGCCAUGGUUGUGGGUAAUGGCCUGCUAUUUGCUGGUAUUCAGGAUGGUUCCAUACUUGCAUGGAAGUUCAAUGCAGCUACCAAUGGCUUUGAACCAGCUGCAUCACUUUCAGGCCAUACCCUUGGAGUGGUUUCAUUAGUGGUUGGAGCUAAUAGGCUUUACUCUGGUUCCAUGGACAAUUCAAUCAGGGUCUGGAAUCUCGAAACUCUGCAAUGCAUGCAGAUUUUGACAGAUCAUACCUCUGUUGUGAUGUCUGUUCUUUGCUGGGAUCAGUUUCUUUUAUCAUGCUCAUUGGACAAAACAAUAAAGGUCUGGGUUGCCUCAGAUAGUGGGAAUUUGGAAGUGACGUACACGCACAAUGAGGAACAUGGUGUGCUUCAUCUAUGUGGAAUGCAUGAUUCAGAAGUCAAGCCAGUCUUGAUGUGCUCUUGCAAUGAUAAUUGUGUCCGAGCAUAUGAUCUUCCAUCAUUUGCUGAGAGGGGCAAGAUUUUUGCUAAAAAUGAGAUCCGAGCAAUUGAAGUCGGUCCCGGGGGGCUGUUCUUCACUGGCGAUGGAACUGGUCAAGUGAGAGUCUGGAAAUGGAGGGACUCACCUUGACAGCAUUAAUUUGUUCUCAUGACAAUCUGUAAUAUUAUUAUUUUUGCUUUGUCCCGGCCUUUGGAAUAAUGUGUAUGCCCGCAAAAGGAAUUGGAAGAUGAGAAUGGUGGUUUUCUCUCUGUGAUAGCUACAAUCUCACUACUGUACUUGGCCAGAUGUCUAUCAGAUUUAUCAGGCUUCGUUUUUCUUUUGAUGAACCUGAGAAGCUGAAGCACCUCCAUCCGUGAAUCUGAAAAUUUUAACAGGGUUAAAUUUUUCUGAGUCAA